AUGACUGCUGAAUCAUUUAUUGCCGCGUACCGUCGCUUUGUCACUAGACGUGGUAUAGUGAAAAAUCUUUACAGCGACAACGGUACAAACUUUGUUAAAUCGAACAAAAUCUUGAGCAAAAAUAUGAAUGAUCUUGAGGACAAAUACGACGAGGCGGUUUGCAAAGAGUUGGAAAAAAGCGGCACGAAAUGGCAUUUCUCGCUUCCGGGUGCUCCUCAUAUGAAUGGUUUAGCAGAAUCAGCUGUUAAAUCCGUCAAAUUACAUUUGAAGCGAACAAUUGCUGAUAACAAACUUACGUUUGAGGAGUUAAGUACGUUAUUAGCGCAAAUUGAGGCAUGUGUUAAUUCACGACCACUUUGUCCACUUUCAUCCGAUCCAAACGAUCUAAUGGCGCUCACGCCAGCUCAUUUUCUCGUUGGCCAAUCUUUAAUUUCGCCUCCAGAAGAAUGUCAUAUUGAAGCCAAAGCGACCUGGCUUAACAGAUGGCAAAGAGUGCAACAAUUGAUGCAAUACUUCUGGAAACGCUGGCAGUCCGAAUAUUUGCUCCAGAAUUGGAUGAUCUGGUAUUAA